GACUCUCUCCUCUCCACUGAAAAAAAUAGAAAAAAAAAUUCUUGCAGUCAAAAACAAUGAGGGCGCACGACGCGCAACUCGCUCCGAGCCGCUCAGCCAGCAGCGCACUUUUACCUCCCGGAGGAUCCGUGGCGUGUGGCUGUGCGCCACCCGGAGGGAGAAGAUCAACGGGGAUAUAACUUGACUGUCUGAGGAGUUUGAUAUUUUUGGAAUCAGAGGAGGCGGGAGAGAGAAAUCAUGCCUUUUUGUAAACGCACGAUAUUUCCGAAAGAUGUGUGCAAGCCCGACGGCAAGAGGCUGCAGCACCAGCAGGAGCAAGGGGAGAUUUUCGGGGACUUGGCGGACGUGUGCAGCUUCACCCUGUGCUCGGUGCUCCGACAGCUCUCGGAUUUGUCCCGGCACUCGGUGAGCAUCCUGGAGGAGCUGGAGGGAGACCUUGUGUCCAUCUGCCACCGGUCCUGCGCGCUGGAGGGCAGAGUGGUCCGACUGCAGAGGCACGUCGCAGAGCUGGUCAGCAAACCUCCACCGAGAACCACCAGCGGACUAGAGGCAGAGAGCGGCAGGCGCGGUGGCAGCAGCAGCAGCCACGGCGAUGGAAACCACAGCAGCAGCAGCGGCGGCGGCGGAGGCAGCAGCAGCAGCGGCGGCACGGCCCACUUCAGGUCUCCAUGGCAACAGAGCGUGAACGUGUUCGGCUCGUGGAGCAGGCCGGAGUGUGUCGAGGAGCUGCACCAGCAGGCGCAGCUCAACCUCCAGAGCCUACUGCAAGAGUUUGAGGAGCAGUUGUACGACACCAAGCUGACCGGUCAGACUUUCCGGCAUCCGUCCUCACAGAGCUCCGACGACACGUCCACCUCCCUCAGCCGAUCGCCCAUCUCCCUCAACAACAAGAGGCCCGACUUCAUCUUUCUGCCAGCAUCAAAGCAGCUCUACGAAGAUGAAACCACCUCCUCUGUGUUUGGUCUGAGGUCUGUUACCGACCUAUCUCCAUCCCCGUCUCCAUCCCCCUGCAGCUCAGACCGGCCCCCUCUAGGCUGGAGCAGUAACAACAGUAGCAGCAGUACUGCCACGUCGGCCACUACUGGACCGCCAGUCGCCGAAAAACCUCGCUGGCACCUGGGAAGACGCACACCGGCACACUUCUUACCACUCGACGUCACAGGUGAAGGGAGAGGAUUGAAAUUCCACGGUGUUGAUCUUCUCCAGCACUCUCCGUCCCCUUCCCCCUCUCCCGGGGACCCUUUCCCCCACCAGCCCCACUCCCUGGAGCCUGUUACUGACACACCGCACCAGAAUCUCCCACUGAGGAAGACACACUCUGACCUCGACACAACCUUACCUGCAGACAACCGUUUGGGGCUGCCUGCCCCAGAUCACCUUCACCCAGAAACUAUGGACCAUUCUGGGCUGCUCUGCUCAAAUACACCCACCGCUUCCUGGAACGGACCCAAGGGUUCCACCUUUUCUCCUGGAGCGUGGAACGAGCCUUACAAUUACAGUAAGAGCAAAGGACCAGCGGUACCACCCAAACAGCACAGUAUCAUCGGAGGAGGGACUCAGGAGGGGGUGAUGCUGGUGAGCUCAGGACAUUCAAGCUCAUUCAAGACUGUGACAGACCCUUCUCGGAGACCAUUGAAUAACAUGGACAUAGGGAAGCGGAGUGAGACAGAGGGGGCUGCAGUUGAUGGAGGAAGAGGGGGAGGAGGCGAAGCAGUGAGAGGACGGGAGAGGUCGGCACGUUCCAUAGCAGCACAGAAUGCUUUCAAGUUUCGAGAGCGUUCCCUUUCCACACCCACAGAUUCUGGAUCUUUUUGUUUCACAGAGGGUGUUAUAGGCCAUCCGGAUGGUAAUAUAACAUCUACAGGAAAUGGGAAUACUAUGGACCACCAACAAGAGCAUCACAACUUCCUCGGCUUAGGUGAGAAUUACGCCCUUCUCUACCCUAGAGGGAGCUCAGAAGACAGCGCAAGUACAACUGACACAAUCUCCAUCACAGCUUCAGACUACAGCACAGAAGGUCGUUUGCGCCUACGUUCCCGCUCCAUCUCCCUUAAAAAAUCCAAACGAAAGCCACCACCCCCUGUGAGGAGUGUCUCUCUUAUGAAAAACCUUGGACAAGCUGAGGGCAGAAUACACCAUCAAGGUGGUCUUUACAGAGAUGGCCGACCAAAGAGCCUGCACAUUCCCAGGGAUCACUUCCCUGACUUUCAGCCAGAUUUCCUUCUGCCCAACUCGUCUAAAACCAGUAUUGGUGAGCGAGAGCCAGGCCAAGGAGGGAAUGACAGACCUCCAAGUCUAGAGGUCCAGGCACCAGAGAGGGAGGGGGAGACAGAAAUUACUUUUCCCACGCACUGGCAGCUAGGGGAGUGGAAGAGCAAUGAUCCAUACAGGUCUCUGUCAGGCUCCAGCACAGCAACAGGUACUACAGUGAUCGAAUGUAUGAAAGUCAGAGGUAGCUCAGAGUCCCUUCUUGACUCUCCCUCCACCUCGAGAGCCACAUCACCCUCACAGCUUUCCAUGGAGACUGACAUCAAGGCAUCAUCCCCCUUCAAACCUCCAGGACUUAUGUCCCCAUCAAGUGGCUAUUCCAGCCAGUCAGAGACUCCCACCCCAACUGUUCCACUCAGUCAUCUGGCAGGUCAGGGGACUGUGGGUACAACAGGUACAAUAGGUUGUAAGAUGCGCCCCAAAAUCCCAGAGAGGAAAUCAUCUCUACCAUCACCCAAGGAUCCAGCUGCUAGGUCUAGACUGUCCUUUGAAAUGCCUGGGAAUGCACAUCUGGAGCUUUCGUCCAUCAAGCCAAAACAAAAGGCCAGCCGGCGGCAUUCUGACACUUCGACAGCAGCAAAGCCAGGAAAGAUCAGCCCGAGUUCCUCACAGGCACUGCCUAUGGUUACCCAGAAUGAGCUAAAGACUGUUCGGCUUCGUUCAGUUUCUCGUGGAGACCUAGAAGACUGCCCUGAUGGAGCCUCUGACACCAUCGAAGAGGAACAGCAUGGCCGCAAUAUAGGCGAGGAUCCCAGCCCACCACCCACUCUACCAAAACCUAAACCACCUGUUGCAGUCAAGCCUCCCUUACCUAAACGGCCCAUGAACCUUCUUCUCAAGUCUCCUUCUCCUUCCUCCACUUCCCCUCUGGCGCUUGACUCGCCUCCUGCCUCACCUGUAGACCGACCUGUGCCUCUAGGCAACAUCUACAAAGUCAUGAAAAAGCCAAAACCCAAAAAACCUCCACCACAAGCUCCAACAAAUCCCACUAUUCUGUCAGAUUCAAACUCUAUGGCUGCUCCACAAACUGCCUAUGAUCAAUCGUUCCUCCCCCUAUCCCAGUCCCUGUUUGAUCUCCCUCCUCUCCCAGACCCUCAGCCUCUCCUGGAAGACCCAAUUUUGGAGCCUGAAUUUGAUGUUGACCAAGAGAUUCGUCUUGGCCCCGAAGAUGGAGGCUCACUUCCUUCACCUUGCAGCAAUCAGGAGGCCCCAGAACUUCAGGACAAGAGCAAGACGCUACCCUCAAGGAUGACAGUCUCCUGUCUGGCAGAGCUGUCAGACAAAAAGAAACCCAAGGUUCCACCUCCAGUCCCCAAGAAGCCAAAUGUUCUGCUUCUUCCCACCUCAGUCCACUCCUCCACUAAUGGCAGCACAGACCGUCAGACGCCACAGACUGACAGCCCCGUGGGCCUUCGGUCUCCGGUAGGAACAUUCCCACCAGAUGAUAUUCUCAAUGCUCCCAGUGUUCCCGACAUGCCUGAGCAAGAUGAGAACCACUUGGGAACAGAUGAAGAAAGUUCCAAAGAGUCAUCACUACAAUCCUCUCUUCAAGAUUCCUCUCUCACAGAGCUGGAAGGGAAGAUGGCUGGUACUGGGAUUGGGACAGAUGAACCAGCAGCCAGUGAAAAGACUGUACUGCACAUCGAAGAGGAAACAGAUGACGACUUGUUGGCCAGCACACCUACAACACACACCACCGAAGACCUCUUCACUAUUAUACACAGGUCCAAACGAAAGGUCCUGGGUCGCAAAGAACCUUCCGACUCGUUUGGCAGUCGCCAGAGUUUGGUGUCACCGGUGAAGCACAGCACCAGCGGUAGCGACCUCAGAAAUCUAACCUUGGGCAGCAGCCAGAGGUCGAGCUCCCGCAACGAGAACUUCAUGGCCCUCCUUCAGAAGAAAGGCAACAAGUCUUCCAGCGGAGGAACCAGAGUCUCUGCCAUGGAGCUUCUAAAAAGCACAAACCCCCUGGCCCGACGUGUCACGGAGUUUUCAGCCAACACGGCAUCGAAUGCCGAGGGAGGAGAGACAACGGCUGGGAACGACAAACCCAGCGAUCAGUGAAUGGAAGCGUCUACGCAGAUGUAAACCAGGUCUGUUUGCUGUCGACAAAGCUACCAACCAUUUCCAUGGCCUGCCACCCUAUGGGGGACGGGGCCAUCUGACGAACAUGUCCAACCAGAUCGCUCCAACUACUGGUUGACCAUUUGCACUGUCCAAUCAAAUUGGAGCACACUUUUGGACAAAAUGGUCCCUCCCACGGUUGGAGCACUGUUGGUCCGAGUCAAACCAGCCCCUCUAGGAAAGCAAGACAUCAACGGAGAGAAAAGUAGGUUCUCACAAUAUAUUUAAUGGAAGGUGGAGGUUUUGAGGUCAUGCUUCUAAACUGCACUGCACUAUCUUUUCCUCAUUGGGAAUUUGUUCAGUGUGGAGGCUAGUUGGGUGGAGCAGACACUGGGAAUGUAAAGAUACACAGCAGGCAUCUUUACUCCUGGGCUUCUUCCAGGUGAAUACAAUAAGAAAAACCCUGAUGACUACGGGGGAGUGUAUCUGAACCUGUGACCAUAUUAAUCCCCCCUAAAGAGGAAUCCCAUCAAUCCACAAAACAAAUGGAAUAAAAACACUAAAAAUACAAGACUUUAACACAAUUUACCCUCGAUUCUACCAAACCCCUUGAGCUAGCAGCAUUACAGGUCCAUCACCUGUGGACCACUGACAAAGGAAAUAUUCCCAAACCUUGGACCUUGUGGUUCCGUCUUCUCUCCACGGUGAAUGCGACACCACAGCAGCCCUCUCAGCUCCAGACAGACAGGAUUACAUAAAAGAGCAGGAUUUACAAACAGAAACCACAAGGCGGGGGCACGCUUUUUGCCACCAAAGAUGAGGCAUGAGCAUACCACACGUGUUAUCGCUCGUGCUGUGAACACGAACACGGACCUUCACAAAACAUUCCAUAAAGGCGCUCGGCAAACGGACCACAUUUUUGGAACAUAAGCACUUUUUUCCCCCCUUACUGGUGUCGCAGGUCGUUUACACGGCGCAAACACUGCGCCGCUACCUUUUUCCUCAUCUGUUACUAUCUUUUCACUCUUUCUUUGGUUUCUUUUUUUUUUUCUUUUUUUUUUUUGCAUAUAUUUUUUUCUUAAACAUACCCAGUGGCCAUAUACUGUACAUGUUAAACUGGAUCAUACUGUAAUGUAUCAUGUACAAAGAUAAAUGUAACGCAUCUAUCAACAACUAUCAUCUGCAGAAACAAAGACUAUAAAUAGUGUACAAAGCAGCAAGAAGAUUGGACUACAAACUGCCCACGCAGUGAGGGGAAUACACACACUCAAACACACACACACGCAAAGACUGCCAAGCAAAAUGUUACUGAAGACAAACAAACAAAACAUGGAGAAAAAAAAGAAGACCAAUCUACACACAAGUGUGUGUGUGUUCAUACAAAGAGUGUGCGGAGGAUAUCAUGCCUGUGGAGUUUCUGUACGGAGAGCAUGAAGCAGGCCUGCUUAUUAAACAGGGUUUUUAUUCAUUUUGGUCUCUGGUGUUGGGACCAAAGGACUGUUAAACACUACAAACAGACCAGAGGGGACCUAAAGGUGCGUGUGUGUGUGUUUGUGUGUGUGUGCGAAAGAGGAAAGUGCCAAGAACAAAGCAAGGGGAGGGAAAAGACAGACGGGGCGAGUGCAUGUAUGUGUGCAUUUGCAAUUUUCGUGUCUGUUCUGAAUACAUGUCACACAUUUGUGUGUGUGUGUGUGUGUGUGUGUGUGUGUGUGUGUGUGUGUGUGUGUGUGUGUGUGUGCAAAUUAUCACGUCUGUCCCCCUCCUUCCCUUUUUAUUAAGGAUUAUGAUUGAAGUGACCUCAACAUUGUUACAUUAAGAUUCCAGAACAAAGAGGGUUUCAGAAAUCAGUGGAUGGAUAUAAGAACGUAAACAUUCCAGAACGUCUGUACAAGUUUGGAAUUCUUGGAUGCCCAGGUUUUAGCCUGAGAACCGGGAGGAUGGAUGAGAAUCAAAUUCCCCUCUGUGUGUCCGUCCGUGGUGAUGUGGAGUGACGUGGCGUGAAAGACUUUCCUUUUUUUUUUUCACCCUUCUCCACCUCCUCCUCCGCCGUCUCUUUGGUCACAGAGAGGAGGUGACGUCUGCGCCACCUUCCUCCUCCUCUUCCUCCUCACCGCUCACUGUUCUCCUCCUUUUUUCAUCACUGCUGGAGCACACACUCCAUCUGCCUCUCUUUUUCUCUGCUCUAACCUUUUUUCUGGCACAUAGCACACACUCCCUCUUUUUCUUCCCCUACAUGUUCAUCCUCUCUCACUCGCAGUAGCAGCGCCUCUCUUUCACCUUUCUCUCGCCCUCCCUCCAUCUUUCACUGCCCUUCUUCCCUUCCCUUCUCUCCAUCCUCUCCCGUCGCCGCCUUCCCGCCUCUUUGCCUCUCCCAUCUCUUUUCUCUCUCUCCCUCCUCCGCCUCUCCACCUCUCUCUGCAUUCAGUCUAUGCAUCUGAGCUCAGCAGAAGACGCGACACCGGAUGAAUGUCAAUGAAUGACUGUUAAAGAAAAUAGAUGCUGUUCUUAGUUUGAGCGUGCAAAAAGCAUUUUCUAUCAGCGCUUAUCUUCUGCCUUCUUUCUCUCGAGUUUUUAUCAUUUGUUUUCGCUCCCUUUAGUAUCCAUGAAAUAUGGAAUUGCCAUGGAUGAAUGAACAAAUGAAUGAAUGGUUGGGAUCUGUGUACUGACACGGAAACAGGAAAAGUUUGAGUGUGGUUUUUUUUUCUGGGGUUUUUUUUUUUUUCAUUAAGGACCUUGACUUUUGGGACCGGACAAAAUGCCCUGCGGUCUUUGAUCCAUGGACCCGCCGAUCAGUCUGUCCAUGCCUGUGUGGACAGCCUAGAUGACUCUGAUCAGCGGUGGUUCAGCUCUGACACUUGACUAACCUGCUGCAUGGAUGGACUGCGAAAAAUGGAGGAGGGGAACCUUUCAUCUCCUGACUCCCAGUUGGCAAACUUAUUUCUCGGUGCUAUUGAGUCAGAGCUCCCCCUGGUGGAUGGAAAAAGAGGAACCACAGAGAAAAAAACUUCAGCUACAUCUCUCUUCCCUACAGCAGUCCUUCAGGUAUUCCAUCAUCCUGAGAAAAAAAGCAUAAAUUAUCACCAUUUAUGAUGACUAGUCAAGUGACGCUUGUUUUAAAUAUUUAGUGAAUGAAAAAAGAUAAACCUAUAAAACUCUGUGUUUGUUUGCCUUGUAUACUGAAUUAUAGGCGUGUUGCUGCAGCGCCUACUGUGUUUUUUCUUCUUUUUUUUUUACAUUUUCUUUUGAUUUUAUUUCUUAUUUCAGCUGCCUUGGUAGUACAUACACACCCCAAUGUAACUUUUUUUGGUAAAUCUUGCCAAAAUUGCACUAUAGUGCAUGUGUAAAAGGGAGCAUUUCCAUGUAAUCUGGCAAACAAUUGCCCAAAUCUGCAUUCACAUACAGGCAGAGUGUGGUCAUGAAGACUCAUUUCCCUCAGAGCAGAUAAUUCGCAGACAUAGGAUAAGUGAAGUGGGUUGUUAAGAAGAAGCGAGGGCCAAUAGAUGGAUAAAAACGAACAAAAAAAACCCUGCGAAGAUUGUUUCUGUGCUAAACCCAGCGGGACGGGAACCGAAGAUACAAGUACAGAGUUAGGAGCAAAAGGAUGUGUUGUUCCAGCACUGUAACAUGUGGUGUGAAGAGAGACGUACUUUCAUCUAAAAAAGCGCCAGGCUGUCGAACAGGGUGUUCACUUACGGUGUGUGUUGAGGAUCAAAAAAAGUGUGUUUUUGACUUUUUAUGUAGGCAGACAGCAGAUUCUCUUUAAUCGGGGAGGAAAGAGAGAUAAAAACAAGCAGGAACACAUGGGCACACUGGUUAAAAAAAAGUGUUAUCCCUUAUGUGAGGAUCUAGCCAUUUAAUAGAAGAACCUGAUUUUUUGCAGGUUUUGUAAAUGUUUCUUGGAAACAGGAGUUCCUUUAGAAGCUGAAAUAAUCUCGUUAAUUCAGUUAAUCUUCAAAGUGUGUGACUAAAAGGUCCUGCUGGGUGGGACAGAACAGCCAACUUUUCAUUGAUUCUGAAAAGCUACUAAGGGUGCAAUAUAUUAGUUGUCUGUUCAAGAUGAUGGUGGUGAUUCUGCCUACACAGCAGCUACGCCUCGAAGAAACCGCUACAAGCUUCAUUCUCUAAAAUAUAUUGGCAACAUACUGUUUUGAAAAUGACAUUUUUUAUGAAGUGUGAAAGACAGAUGACAGGAGGAAUAUAUGGAAUAUCUAAAGCAUUAUCCCUCCUUCAGGAGGAGAAUAAGGAAGAUAGGAAGGAGGAAAAAUGAUUGUGCAGAGCUGAGGUUAGACUCUGCUGAAUGUGGGGAUUACCACGCUGAAAUUCAUAAUGCAGUCCAUCAUCUUUCCUUUCACCUCCUCUCUCUCUCUCUUCCUUCUUAGCUGUCCCGUGACUCAGAGAAGCAAUCACACUAAAAGCUUUUUCUUCUCUCGACCUCUGUUUUUUUUUUUUGCCUCCCUGCGUGUUGAUAAAAGGUACGAGAAAGCAACAAAGGAAGGAGGAAGGCGCUGCAAUAGCUCGCUAAUUAAUUUGGUGUAAUUUUUACAUUUCAUGCCUCUGCAGAUAUCAAGCAGCCAAACAGGAACCAGUUGCUAGGAAACGUAAAUAAAAAGCAGCGCCGAAAAUUUGGAAGUUAAGUUGAGAGAGCGGGAGUUCAGGCAAGGAUAAUUUCCUCAUAGGCAAAAGGAAAGAUCACACUUUAUCCAAAUAAGCUACAAAAUAAAAUUUGAUGACAUUCAUUUGUUAAGUACUUUAUGAGUACAGCUGCUACCAGUGAGAGCCAGUGCAAGACCAGAAUAAACAAAUAACACAAUCCCCACCAGCACAAAGUUGACCGCAGCUCAUCUGCAGGACUAAGAAAUGUAAUUUGUAUAAUAAUUAUAAGAAAACCCAAACCCAUUUCUGUCAUUGCUGUUUCUCCCCCUCCUCCGUUUAAUACUUUAAUCCCAUCUCCUAUCAAGUAAAAUCCAGCACUGAAAAAUGAAGCCAAGCAGAAGUGAUAAAAACUGCAGUUCCUCUAACGGCCACUUGAGGCUUGAUGUUAGUUCAACACGUUUCGUAACUGCAAUGAUAGUAUUUUAUUUGUCUAUUAUUAUAUUAUUAUAUUUGCACUAUUUAUCAAAUAUAUAAAUUGCCCUCUAGUUAACAAUUACAGCUUAACCAGGCUAGCUAGCUGAUAUCUUAGCUGAUAAUGAUCAAAUGCUAGCUUAAAGCCUUCAAAAUCCAACGGGUGAUGUUACAUCAGCUACAUCCAUUUUUUAUUCGUUGUAUGGGAAACCAUCGGAUAUCUGCCACAUAAACCAGACAAUUAAAAAUUUAAAAUAUAUCCUAAUAAACUCUCUGGCGUACUGAGAUGACUGCCGAUAAUAUGUGGAUAGUCAUUGUGAGACCUCUUGACUGAAAAUGAGUGACUGAGCUCAUAAACUCAGUGUGUUUACAGAGCUGAAGACUGAGCCGUUUCCCCAUAGAUUUCUAUAGGACCAAUAGGUUUUUUUGUAACAAUCGCAGCUAUCGCCCUCUGGUGGCCUUCAGAUAUAAUGCAGGAUUAAGGCACUUCUGCAUCACCUUCAUUUUUCUGACAUUAAUGUCCAUGUUUUGUAAAGAGUUUGAGUCACAUCAUUUAGAUACCUAGUCAAUAGUCAGUGUGGUUGCUAGCCUUCAAAGUAAACAUCUGGAAAUGGAUCAAAAUUAUUGCUUAGCAGAGAGGUCAAGGUCUUAAAGAUACAAUCAGAGCUCAGCUGUACACACAGAGACAUCUUUUUAAGAAAAAAUCAACAGCAGUGUGAGUUUACAAUCCCAAUAUUGUCAACAAAUUAAUAAAUAAAUGCUUUAUAGUUUACAGUGGGUAGAAAUAAAAACACUUUGCUGCUACCUCUUUGAGAUAUAUAUUAAGCUACUUCAGUAAAUCACAUUAUCACAUAAAAAUAUCAGGACUUUGUUCUAUUUUUGAACAGUCUCGGCUUUAUGAGCAAGCGAUUGAGAGUAACGAUAAGAAAUAGAGAGAUGCUGUGGCUGCAGAUUUGGGCCAAAAGACUUUGUUGUGUUUGCUUCAGGAGUGACAGAUGGGUGAAGUUUACUGUGUUUUAGUACUUGGAGUGGACAAACAGCCCAUAAAGUCCAUCACUGAUAAACUCCAUCCGCUUUACUCCCCAAGCAAAGUGAGAUAAACAACCCCCUCAAACCCAAUUUAAACCCCAGUACUGGGGGCUGUACAGGCAGCUUAUAAAGACACAGAGAUGAUAAUUAGAGAGACCUAGAGAAAGAGAGACAGACAGAGAUAUUGGAAUUAUUCUAUUUUUGUUAUUCCUCGUUGAAAAAUACAUAUUUAAAGGAAUAUUCCAUGUAUGUAUUGAAUAACCCCUGUUUUCUUGCCCCAUCCAAUGGUGUAAUCUGUUGCUGCGAGGUGGCGUCUCACACAAACGCUUCCUUCUGCAGCUCUGCAAUGCCAAUGUGAUGAAAUUAUUAUUAUAUCAUUAUAAAUAAAUUA